AUGCCUGUUUCCGCAUCUACCAAUCCGUCAACAGCCGGGCCAUCCGCCACCGCACCUCGAAAUCCAGUCAGACUGUCUGUCUCUCAACGAUCUUCACCGUUGCCUGAUUCAUCUGCUUCUGAACUUACGACUUCCGCGCAACUCAGUGCACAUGAAAGAGAUACGACGCUGGAUAAUGACACGCUAAGAAAGGCUGCUGUACGCAAGGUGAAACUGCAGAGGAGAGUGAAUAAAUGGACAGACAAAUUGAUGGAAGAGACCGUUGAUAAAGCGACUUUCAGGAACAUUGCAUCACAUCUUACUCCAUCGCAAUACAGCUCAAUCCUACAUGAACGUCACCUGAACUCUCUCUGCUCAUAUCCAAUGUGCAAUAAUCAACCCAAAAGACCUUACUCGACAGUACAGCGAUUCGUUAUUUCCACAAAAGCAAGAACAAUCAAACCGAAAGAAGGUAAUCCAGAAGAUGGAUUUUGUGGUAACAUAUGUAAAGUGAGAAGUGAAUGGAUUGACAGGAAUUUGAGUGAAGAAGCUGUCUGGUUAAGGACUUCUAUCCGACAAAUAGAUCUGUUGGAGGAUUUAGAGGAACGAGGGGAAUUCAGAUGGGCAGGCGUAGAUCGAAAUAAGGUGGAAUCCCUUCCUAGAGGAAUGAAGGAGGACAAGAGAAAGGAUAUUACAAGAGCUGGUGCGAAACAUGAUGAAUCUCGGCAGACGAUGACACAACAAGCAAAGCUCAACAACCGCCCGUCUGAUCCACCAACGCCUAUAUCGUCAAUAUUCAAAUCUACCAAAGUCACUCUUCCGACCUCUAUGUCAAAAGCCCAAAUAUCAGAUAACGCAAUCUCAGCCCUUAUAGCGAAUCUGAAAAUACACGAAAGACCCACACCGUCGACUCCUCCGAAACCUCCUUCAUUCGCACCACAAUCAGCAACGGUUCCUAGCCCUCAAGCAAAUCCCCUGGUAUCAACCGCACAACCACAGCCGCAAUCGCAGACUGAACCUAAAUCGUCUUCGCCGUCCAAUACAAAGCGCGAUGCUCGUCAUUCUCAGUCUGCUUUACUUGGCACAUCAACUUCUCAACUUUCAAGUACCUUUGUCGCGGCUACAAAAUCUUUAGGACCUAUUCAGCCACAACCAGAUAGCGAUGAAGAAAAUGAUAAAGAGAGUGAUUGGGAGAAAGAGAUGGGAUGGGGGGAUGAGAAUGAUCAAGAAAUGAAAGUGUUCUGGGAAGAGGCAAGAUUAGCUAGAGAAUUGCUAGACCGUUGA